CGCCAUGACUUUCGCGCGCUUUUCAACCACCGACAGCACGUUGUUGCUGCCUGCCACAGUGCUGCUGUGCCCUCUGUAGCUGCUGCCGUCGCCACAUGAAACCGUGUCGCAUCAUUUCUUGUCUUUUCUCCACACUUAGCGGCCUUUGGACCAGGACGGUGAGACGUCCAUCUUUCACUGUGAGAGUUCAUGCGCCUCAGAGCCUGACCCACGUCUGUUAAAUGGCUGCGCCGGCCUCCACCUCUCGUGCCUCCGUCACCGCCUCUGUGCCUGAGGGUUUCCGCUAUGAAACGAAGUACGUGGUGCUCAGCUACCUUGGACUGCCGCCCGUCGGCAGAUUGCAGGCCUCGGUCACGGAGGACGGGGGCGCUCAGGAUGAGAGGGAGAGGGCAAGAAGGACUAAAGGGCAGAUAGAGGAUGAGCUGAAGCAGCUGGACCAUGACAUUUCUGAAGCCUUUCUCAGCACGGGAUUCGAUCGCCGAGCGUCACCCGUCUUCAGCCCGGCCAACCCGGACAUCUCUGUGGAAGACUGCCUCGCUGCCGUUGGAGACAAAGUGGCCCGAGAGCUGGACGUAUACCUGGAAGCAGCCGUGCAAACGCUCCUCGCGGGACCUCAGGACUACCAAACAUUCAGAAAAGCAGCGCUGGAUCUGUCGGCACACACACACGGCGGCUGGAGUAAGGUGGUUGUGCCGCUGCUGCUGCUCCAGGCGUUGCUGCAGAAGGGCCGGCCUUUGGCCAGUCUGUUGAACGUGGGCCUGCGCUGCCUGGAGGAGGAAGAGGCGGACUUCAUCAUCCAGCAAGGAGGAUGGGGUGAGAUUUUCAACGUGUUUCCUGAGGAGGAGCACGGGGAAGCCAUAGCUGAGGACAGCAACGACAUCUACAUCCUGUCUGGGGAGCAGCCCCCCGACCAGCUGAGCCCCCCGUUGUCGCUGCUCGGCGGCGGAGACAACAGCAGCGAGCAGAGCUCCUGGCAGACGGAGAGCUUACCGGUGUCUCUGGCCGGACACGAGUCGUGGGCGCAGGUUGGCGUGAUGGACCCUGAAGACGUGAAGAGUCUGGACAGCAAUGAGGGCGUGGCCCUGGCGGAGGAGCGCAGCGAGAACAACUCCUCAAACUCAGACAUUGUCCACGUUGAGCGCGAGGAGGCGGAGCUCCUGGAGGAGGGCGGGGAAGUCGGAGUGAUAGAGGACAGCAUGAUGAGCGUUUUGGGCACUGAGAGCGAGCUGGCUGAGCUCCGGGCCGAGUUUGGUGACCAAACUCCCGUUGACCCCGCCUCCACACCUCCUGCAGCCCUGCUUUCUCUGGAGGAGCCGGUUGUGAUCGAGACGCCGGAAAGCCUGUCUGCAGAACCUUCUCUCCUGUCUUCAGCCGAGUUGCUUGCUCCGCUCUCAGAAACUGCUGUUGACCCUCAACCUGAGGAAUUGCUGCCUGUUCCUGCAGUAGAACCAGAACCCAAACCAGAACCAGCUGCUACCACCACCCCAGUGCCUUCCGGAGUGACGACCCAACCUGCAGUCGAGGAAAUCCCAGCGUCUCCUGAAGCCCCAUUAGAGACAGUUCCUGAACCGGCGUUGGCGUCUCAUCAGCCAGAACCGGAGGCGGCGACUGCCCCUCUGUUAGCCCCACCUUCUGGCGCUCCCGUGGUCCCGGUGGUGGAGGCUCCUGAGCCGCCAGAACCAGCAUGCGAGCUGCCCGUGCUGCUUUACGGCAGUGCAGCAGCGGUGCUGCUGGCCGCUGUGGCCUAUGGAGUCUUUAGGCUGAGAAAGAGAUAGACAUGAAACCUAAAGGUCGUUCAACCUGAAACUAACCCCACAGAUGUAUGUGAAGGUUUCAACUCUAAAAGUGCCCACGAGCUGACCAAACGUCCCCCCCCUCAUCAGUGCAGGUACAGACAAAACCCCUGCAGUACGUCGGUCUUCCUAACAUCUGGAAAUUCCUGAGUCCAACAUCUCACCUAUCUGCUAGCUUUGGUUUCCCCUUUCAUGCAGUUUCAGUGGUUUGUUCCAUUUGUAGGUAGAAAACCUGAACAAACCUCACAGUCACACGAUAGCCGACCUUUGGUUUUAAACGUUUUUUUCUUUUCGUUACUGUGAAAAACCAGUCAAAUGGAAAUUUGGGUUUAGUCUAAAUGUGAACAAGAAGUUACAUGGGAGGGGGGCAUGUUCCUCACAUGCAUGUUUUUAUGGUGUGAUUUGUAACAUUAAAGAGUUUACCCCCCCAAACAGGAAAGUUUCUAUGUGUUUACCAGAAACGCUGCUCCUUUUAUGAAAUUGUGGAUUGAACUAGU